ACCGGGGCUGGUUGUAACAGGGGCAGGUUGUAACAGGGCGAAUAGUUCCACGACCAGCCACAAGAGCGUAUCAUCGUUUCAGCCAUCAAGGCACAUUAUGAUGCCUUCAGUGCGAGUGGUAACACUGUGGCAGUCGGACGAUUUCACUGGCGACAAGAAGGAAAAAUUUGUUUUUGGACGAGAUGCGUAACUACAAAAGAAAAACCGACAAAGGAAAAUAUUCUAUUGACAUGUUGGAGAAAGCAGCUGAAGUUGUAAGAGAAGGAAGAUCUGUUAGGCAUGCUGCGAAAACGUACAACAUCUGCCAUGUGACACUUGGGAGGUACAUAAAAAAGAAAAACAAACGUUUAAAUGCAGUCGAUAUUAAUUUUCGAGAGGAGUGGAAACCUUUGGCUGGUUAUUAUGGGAACAGACAGGUAUUUACACCUUUGCAAGAGAUCGCUCUUGUUUCCUACAUAAAAACAUGUUCUGACAUAUAUUUUGGACUCACUCCACGUGAUGUACGUCAUCUUGCAUUCUUAUGUGGGAAGAAGUAUAAUGUUCCCAUGCCAAACACAUGGAGUGACAAAGAACUAGCAGGUGCAGAUUGGCUCUCUUCCUUUUUAAAGCGCCACCCAGACCUUUCCAUUCGGACUCCAGAGGCAACUAGUUUGGGAAGGGCUUCUAGUUUUAAUCGUGCCAACGUUUCCAAAUUUUUUGACAAACUCUCUGAAGUUUAUGAUCGCCAUUCUUUCACAGCUAAUGACAUUUGGAAUGUAGAUGAGACCGGGGUCACUACUGUCCAGAAUCCUUCAAAAAUCGUAGCAAGAAAGGGGGUAAAACAAAUUGGAGCAAUGACAUCAUCUGAACGAGGGCAGUUAGUUACUCUAACUGUAGCAGUAAAUGCUGCUGGAAAUGCUAUCCCUCCUAUGUUUAUUUUUCCUAGGGUAAGGUAUUAUGAUCACUUCAUCAGAGAUGGUCCAACUGGAUGUAUAGGUGCUGCAAAUAAGUCUGGCUGGACUACGGAGGUAGAGUUCUUGCUUUUUCUUAAGCAUUUUGUUUCUUGUAUUCGUUCGAGCCCAGAGAAACCUAUCCUCCUCCUUCUAGACAAUCAUCAGUCGCAUUUAGCUCCUGACUGUUUAGAUUUUGCCAAAGAAAAUGGCAUUGUAAUGCUAUCGUUCCCACCUCACUGCACUCAUCGCCUUCAGCCACUUGAUCGAAGUGUUUUUGCCCCACUCAAAAAACAGAUCAAUAGGGCAAUGGAUGCAUGGUUGAGGAACAACAAAACACCAGAGAGCACAGUUAAGCCUAUACGUGAUCGCCCUGGUAGGAGGGGGAGUGUAGGAGGGGUGGACGAGAAGGAGGAGGGGAAGCUGGCGAUGAAGGGGGUGGCGGCCCCCGACCGAGCGUUAAUGGUUUGUUUCCGUGAGGCGGCUCGGGCCAGCUGCUCGCGUGGCGGACGGCAGUGGCUUUCUGACGCAUUCCGGCCGACCGGAUCGAGACCACGAAUAGCCGGCUGGCUGCGAGGGAGCCGUCAGACCAGCCCCGCCUCGGGCGUCGAGAGCUGCUGCGGAGAAGCGGAGGUGCAGGCGCCCACCAGCAGAGGGAUGGAAGGACUCUGCAGGCCUCGCCACCCUCCGCCGGGCGACGCGCCUCCCGCCCGUGCCCGCCCGUGCCCGCCCGUGCCCGCCAUUCACCGCGCCCGCCCGGGGCUGGCUAUUGAUCCGCCCGCGCCCCCCGGGGGCGUGACGUCACGGCCAGCCGCCGCCGUCCGUGACGUCACCCCGCUGUUCGCUACCAAUAUCGUGAAGUACGAGAAGCUUUAA